UCUCUAUAUAUAUAUGUAGUAACUUUGGCACUCUAUCAAACAAAUCAAGCUUCCAACAGCAUGGAGCAGCACAUUUUCUUAUUGAUACUUCUCUUUCUAAUUCAAUAUUACUCCUUUUCGACAUCAGCUGCUUUGUCAAAUGAAACGGAUCGAGAAGCUCUAAUAGCAUUCCAAAAUCUUAUAACAAGUCCUAGUCAUUUUUUGGCCGAUAAUUGGUCCGCGAAUACUUCUUUUUGCUCUUGGUUUGGUGUCACUUGCGGUCCAAAGAGGCAAAGGGUUGUCUCCUUGACACUUCCGGAUUUGCAACUUCAAGGCAAAAUUUCGGUGUCUUUGGCCAAUUUGUCCUUUCUCAGAGAGCUCAAUCUCCGGAACAACAGCUUCCAUGGUGACAUCCCUUAUGGACUAGGUCACUUGCCUCGUCUGCAAGUGAUUGACAUUCAAAACAAUCAGCUCAACGGAAGUAUUCCAGCAAGUCUGUUUCAACACCGGAGAGUUCAAGAAAUUUCACUGGCUUUCAAUGAACUCAGUGGUGAAAUGUGGGAAGGGCCAUGGUAUGUACCGGAACUUAGAGUCUUAAAUCUCAGGAACAAUAGCCUCAACGGUACAAUACCUCCUUCGGUUGGAAAUGCCACAAAAUUGUUGAACUUCAGUUUGUCUGAGAAUAAAAUUGGCGGCAACCUUCCAAAGGAGAUCGGUAAUCUGAGUCAACUUGCAUUUUUGUCCUUGGUCAAUAAUCAAUUAACUGGUUCCAUUCCCGCAAAAUUGUUCAAUAUAUCGACUCUACUUGUCAUGCAUCUGCGAUACAAUAGUCUUUCCGGUCCUCUCUUGAUUGAUGAAGCGAAUAUUGUGUCAAAUCUAGAGUCAUUAAGUAUAGCUAACAACCAAAUUUCUGGUCACAUUCCUUCUAACAUAUGCCAACUCACAGAGCUCAAAGUUUUGUCCAUAUCUUUCAACAAAAUAACCGGAGACAUACCAAGAAAUAUUGGUUGUUUAUCCAAACUAGAGCAGUUUUAUAUUGGCGAAAAUCCAAUAACAGGGACUAUUCCCACUUCUUUGGGCAAUAUUUCCACUUUGCAAAAUCUUUAUAGUGCAGGAAAUCGUUUGGAAGGGCCAAUUCCUCCAGAAUUGGGGAAGCUAUCAAAUUUGAGGCAAUUAACCUUUGUGAAAGAUUAUAAUCUAAAUGGUCAAAUUCCAGAGGCAAUUUUCAAUAUAUCUUCUUUGGAAAUAAUCAAUUUCAUGUCCAACAAUCUUUCGGGAAGAAUUCCAGUUCCUCAUCUUCCAAACCUUAAACAACUUAUCUUGGGAGAAAAUCAGAUCAAAGGGGAAAUUCCAUUGUUCAUAACAAAUGCAUCCAAGCUAGAGGUACUGUCACUAGAUAAUAAUCUUCUCACAGGAACUAUUCCUAGUAAUUUGGGAAAUCUACAUGAGCUGCAAUCACUUUUACUAAACGAUAAUCAACUUACUGAUGAACCAAGAGAGCAUGAGUUGGGAUUCUUCAAAUCUUUGUCAGACUGUAGGAAGUUGCGUUAUCUACAAGUGGGUUCCAAUCCGUUGAAUGGCAUUCUGCCAAAUUCUAUUGGGAAUCUUUCAUCUACUAUUGAAUUCUUUCAUAUAGGAGAUGCAAACAUCAGUGGCUCCAUUCCCACUGGUACAGGCAACAUGAGUGGUCUUAGUAGCCUAGUCUUUCAACGCAACAACUUGAUGGGAAAUAUUCCUCCUGAGAUUGGUAAGCUAAAAAAACUCCAAGGGCUGUAUCUACAUUACAAUAAAUUGCAGGGACAUAUUACGGAGGAGGUAUGCCAUUUAUCUAAUUUGGUUACAUUUAGUCUGCACGGUAAUAAGCUGUCUGGAUUAAUUCCAGCAUGUUUAGGAAAUCUUAGGAUGCUACAAAAGCUUUAUUUGGGUUCUAAUCAAUUUUCAUCAAAAUUGCCCAUUAUCCUUUGGAAAAUGAGUGGACUCCUCCACCUAAGUGUAUCACAAAAUUCUAUAGAAGGAGAAGUACCACAGGAAAUUGGAGAACUGAAGUCCAUUGUAAAACUAGAUCUUUCUGGUAACCACUUUUCAGGGAUGAUACCAACCAGAUUGGGGGAACUCCAAAGCCUGCAGUCUCUUGACCUAUCGAACAAUUCAUUUUUUGGCAAAAUUCCACUAUCCUUUGCCAGCUUGAUAAGCUUGCAAUUCUUGGAUUUGUCUUUAAAUGCCUUGUCAGGUACUAUUCCUAAGUCCUUGGAAAAGCUCUCAUACCUUAACAACAUUAAUGUUUCAUUUAAUGGUUUAGAAGGUGAAAUACCCAGUGGUGGUGUGUUUGCAAAUUCCACUCAGCAAUCAUUUCUUGGCAACAAAGGUCUAUGUGGAAUACACAAAUUAGAGGUUCCUGCUUGCCCUAUCACUAAUCCUGGGAAACAAUCAAAGUCUAAGGAGGUUGUGCUAAAAAUUGUUAUUCCAAUGGUUACUUCUUUCUUCUUGAUAUUCUUGUUGGUUUCAAUUUGGAUAAUGAAACGAAAGAAGAAAGGAAAGGCUAAAGAUGUCGAAAAGGUUUGGGAGAUCAAGAGUUAUCAAUUGAUUUCUUAUCAUGAGAUUCAACGAGCAACAAAUUAUUUUGAUGGAUCAAGUUUAAUUGGUGUGGGAAGCUCUAGCUCUGUGUACAAAGGCACAUUAUCUGGUGGAACUGUUGUGGCCAUAAAGGUUUUGAAUUUAGAAAAUGAAGAAGUAUGCAAGAGGUUUGAUACCGAAUGCGAGGUGAUGAGAAGUGUUAGACAUAGAAAUCUUGUUCCAGUGAUUACUAGUUGUUCUAGUGACUACAUAAGAGCCUUUGUUCUACAAUAUAUGACCAAUGGAAGUCUUGAGAAUUGGUUGUACAAAGAAGAGUCCCACUUGAACCUCCUUCAAAGAGUCUCCAUAAUGCUUGAUGUGGCUGUGGCAAUUGAAUAUCUACAUCAUGGUCAUAAUACUCAGAUAGUUCAUUGCGACCUCAAGCCAGCAAAUGUUCUUUUGGAUGAAGAUUUGGUGGCGCAUGUUGGUGAUUUUGGAAUCACUAAGAUUUUAGCUGUAAGCAAGUCUAUGGCACACACCGAGACAUUGGGCACUCUUGGUUACAUUGCACCAGAAUAUGGCUCGGAGGGAAUAGUGUCCACCAGUGGUGAUGUUUACAGCUAUGGAAUCAUGCUAAUGGAGGUCUUGGCGAGAAGAAGACCAACUGAUGAAGAGAUAUUCAAUGAAAAUCUUGGCUUUAGGCAGUGGGUAACACAAGCAUUUCCAGGGAAUAUGAUGGAUGUUGUGGAUGCCAAUCUUUUUCCUGUGGAAGAACAAAUCACUUCAAAAAGUGAAAUCUGCAUAAUUUCCAUGAUAGCAUUGGCUUUGAACUGCACCCAGGAAAUGGCAGAAUCAAGAAUAACCAUGAAAGAUGUGGUCAAGAGGCUUAGCAAAAUUAAGAACACAUUUUUGGAAUCGUAGAACUUAGCAUCACUUCCGGUUGUGUUCUUUCUAAGCUGCAAAUUAAUAUGAUGUUUUUUUUUAUUAAACUCUCUGCACUUCAGCGUGUUGUGUUUCCCUCAUUUAUAAUUUCUGGUUUGAUUGGUUUUACUUCUUUAAGAAAUAUUAUGAACGCGUUUAGUUACAGCCA